AUGUUGAAAGGGUACCAAAUACGUUGUCCUAACGGCGUUUGUCCACCGCCGCCGUCACCGUCACGUCACCGAGAACUAGAUGACGGCGCCGAAGAAGCGGUACAUACAUUUACAUUACAUUACUUAGCCGCGUGUCCACCGCACAUCCGUCACCCGAGCGCCGUCAUCCCGGCCGCCGAAAUUGCGAGUAGAUCGGCGUGA